UUCAAAAUGAACUUUGAAUUAUCAUGGUUAAUGCUGUAAAAGUGCUGUUGUCCUGUGUGACUUGGACUGUCGUUUGUCAGAGACGUGAAAUAUCACAGUCCUUUGAGAUGACAAGAUAACUAUGUUUUGUGUUUGCUAUUGUUUCCCAUCCUUUUACAUCCUGUUACGUCUGCAGGCUGCAUUUUUCACUGGAUCCAGUAUGCACUAUAAAGCUGGAGUAAGAAAGCAGUUCAGCUUUGCUGUCUGGCCUCCACUGCUGCAGUUUGCAGUGGCCUAGAAAGCAACCCUCUGUAAAAAGGAGCACACAAAGGCUGGUGCAGGGCCUUCAGUUCACAUGACACAUCUCAUUAGUUCAUCUAACUGGGAGAUCCGAACAGCCUGCCAGUUUUCUGAUUCUUAUGAUGCCAUCUGCAUGCUCUGGGAAAGGACGCUAAAUGUCUGCGCUGGUAAUGUGCAAGCCUGCUCGACAAACUACCGAAAUGGCAGUGGGAGAGUUGAUGCAGUGAAGAAUGGGGGGCUGGCUACCUCUGAGGGCAAAGAGUUUUACCAUCUUCAUGGCAGGAUCUGGAGGUCACUGUAUGGACUGUAUCCCUACAAGUCAAGCAUGAUUGGGCUGGAGGCACUGGCUGACCCCUCAGAUGACUGGGACAUUGUGGAGACCAUUGGAAAGGGAACCUAUGGCAAGGUGUACAGAGUCAUCAACAAGAAGGAUGGAAGUCAAGCAGCUGUGAAAAUCCUGGAUCCCAUUAAUGAUGUCGAUGAAGAGAUUGAGGCAGAGUACAACAUCCUGCGCACUCUCUCCAACCAUCCUAAUGUAGUGAAGUUUUUUGGUAUGUUCUACAAGGCUGACGAGCUCUCUGGAGGACAGCUGUGGCUGGUGCUGGAGCUGUGUAAUGGGGGUUCAGUAACAGACCUGAUAAAGGGUUUGCUGAUGAGGGGGAAACGUCUGGAGGAGCCUGUCAUCUCUUACGUCCUCUGUGGUGCGCUAUUGGGCCUGCAGCAUCUGCACAACAACAGAAUCAUCCAUCGUGACGUCAAGGGGAACAACAUCCUGCUCACCACAGAUGGAGGAGUCAAGCUGGUGGACUUUGGUGUUUCAGCUCAGCUGACGAGCGCACGCUUGCGCAGAAACACUUCUGUGGGAACGCCUUUUUGGAUGGCUCCUGAGGUGAUAGCGUGUGAGCAGCAGUUUGACUACUCAUACGAUGCCCGCUGUGAUGUCUGGUCUCUGGGUAUCACCGCUAUAGAGCUGGCUGAUGGAGAUCCACCUUUGUCUGAGAUGCAUCCUGUAAAAGCUCUGUUCAAAAUACCACGGUGA